ACUGGAUUCUCUUACAAAAACAUGUGAAAACGAGAGAAGUGGGCAAGUGAAAAUAUUAAUAAGGAUUCGAACAACGUAAUCUUUACAGAGGAGGCUUUUUUUGAGCAUGGUCAACAUCAGCUGACGGCUCGAUUCGCCGUUUGUGAAAAAACAGAGAAAAAUUAGUGUUUGAGGGUAUUUCUGUAAACGCUGUUUUGGCUGUCUCUCACUGUUUAGCGACAAUCUCAACGCAGAAAAGAUGUGUGAAAUCUGUAAAAAAUGCUUAUUGUAAUCUGCUAAGCGUUGGUUCGGUAAUGGCAAAACCACCUGGAAAUUUUAAGAAGAUCCACAACAUCGCAGCCGCCCUUGUAAAUAGUGGAAAGCUGAAAACGGCAUAACAACGUUCAGGUGGCCCGCAAAUUCUCCGGAUGCGAAACGGACAGAGAACCGCUGCUUGCUCUUCAAGUUCAGACUCAAAAAAAAAAACAUGUCUGCGCAUUGAAGCAACUUUCCUUUGAAAUUCGGAAGAUAUGGUGCUCUCGCCCAUAUAAAUAUGCAGAAAACCCUGCUGCAAGAAUGUCUAGAAAAAACCAGGCUAUCAUUGAUAAUGGUGAUGACUGGUCCAUAUAUUAGUAGUACGGGGAAAUAGAAUAAAACCUGUACUUUUAAACGAGAAAAAUAUUUUUCAUUGUCUUAUAUAUUACGUUUUUGGAAUAAUACAUAUUGGAAAAUGGACAAAGUCAUGAAUAACAAUAGGAUGGUUUCACCAGCCACAGGAAUUCUAAAGAAACUGCCACCUUGGCUUCUGGAAAUGACGGAGAGUGUCAAGAAAUUAAGUAUCAGGGAAGAUUAUUCUUCAUUGCCAUUUAAAACUUUAACUUUGGAUGAUGAUGAAAAAAAUUUAAACACCGAUGGACUUGAUAAGAAGUCUCAUGAAGAAAGAUCCGAAGAAUUCGUUUUUGAUAAUUUGCCGGAUGUCGAUGGCUGCGUCGUUCUCCAGUCUACUGCCCCCACGUCUCUUCCGAAUACACCGCAGUAUCUUAAUGGAGAACUUUAUGAGAGGAGACAAAGGUCAACCCGGGCCUAUUCAGCCUUUCCCUCUUUUGGUUCCCACGAGGAAACCAAAUGUGACUUUCAUGAUUUAGAUGCUUAUUUGAAUGAGAGAGAAUCGAGGCGGCGAACGGAAAUGGAUUCUGUCAGUGCGCCGCUUCAUGAUCUCCAUAAUGCAAUACAUUUGCGUAAUUAUGAGGAACCGAAAGAUCAAGAGCGUCUUUUUGCAAGGACUUCAGCUUUGGACAGACAAGCUAGAAUAGGAAGAGGAGUAACGCGGGAACCACCGUCAAAAAUUAAUAGACCAUCCAGAAUUGAAAUUGAACCUUACACGGGUGUGGAUUCUGGAGAAAUUCUAACUUCAAAGGAUGUCCAAUUACCAAUAGGGAUAGUUAAAAGAAGACAGGAUUAUCUCGCUGGUAUGGCAGCAGGUGGAGACCUUUCUGUUGAACACAGAAUAACUUCUCAACGAGAAGAGGAAGUAGCAAAUGAUUUAUCAUUGAACCUUAUUGAGAAUGAUAGAACGACUGGACUUUGUUCAGAAGCCACUGAUAAAUUGUCACAUGAAACAGUGAAAAAUGCUGGAUUGAUUACCUCAGAUUAUGAGGUAAAGCAACAUUUUGAUGAAUCUUCGUACCAGGAUAAUCUACAUUUAUACCAUAGCAAACGGUACCCACCAAGAGGCAGAAAAUUUAGCUAUGACUUCAUUAUACCAGAAUUGCCACACGGAAAAUCAUUGAUCAUUGAUAUCCUGAGUACUUGGGGAGAUAAGCAUUAUGUGGGACUGAAUGGAAUCGAAAUUUUCUCAAAUACAGGAGAACCAGUCCUUGUGACUCAGGUACGUGCUGAACCAGCCGAUAUAAACGUAUUAACAGAAUACAAUAACGACCCUAGAGUCAUUAACAAUCUCAUUAACGGGAUCAAUCAAACUAGGGACGAUUAUAAUUUAUGGUUGGCUCCAUUUACUAAUGGUCAUCAUCAUUACAUUUAUAUGACUUUUGAGAAAGCAGUUAAUGUGGCAAUGAUUAGAAUAUGGAAUUACAACAAAUCAAGAAUUCAUUCCUACAGAGGAGCCCGUGAGAUAACAAUGAAAUUGGAUAAGACUACAAUAUUUCAUGGUGAAAUUGUCAAAGCAUCAGGAGCAGUUUUUGGAAAUGUCAAUUCCUUUGGAGACACUAUCCUAUUCACGACCAACGAACGUAUAUUGGAAUUGAUAUCGAAGAAUGAUAAAACUUACAACAUAAUUGACUCUGCUGUAGAGUCUCCUAGCAUAGAAACAGACAGACCCAUAACAGCAGAUAUUGGAGAACAACGUCCACAUACGUGUGCCAGUAUUGAACGAUUACAUUCAUCUAGUUACAGCAAUAAUAAUACAUUAUCUUUCGCAUGUCAAGAAAUACAAAUGAUAUUUGUUUCAAAUUGGGGACAACCUAACAUGAUAGGUUUAACUGGUAUAGAAUUUAUAGACGAUCAAGACUCUGUUGUAUCAUUACUAAAUGCUACUUUACGUUGCAAUCAAUGUAACGAUAAUCUACAGAAAUUGAUUGAUGGAAAGAAUUUAACGACUGAUUCAGGACACAUGUGGGCAUCUCCUUAUGUACCCGGCAUUGAUGUCACUAUAACAAUUGUUUUGAAUACAGAGAUGUUUUUGACUGGCAUGAAAAUAUGGAAUUAUAAUGCAUCAUUGGAUACGUCAUAUUGCGGAGUAAAGCAAUUAAUAGUCAAACUAAAUGGAAAGUCAGUUUUUGAUGACGAGAACGAUUUCGUACUGAGGAGAGCGCCUGGGUCUUUGCACUAUGAUUUUGUGCAACAUAUUAGUUUUGUUAAUCAUCCCCACUUACAAAAAUUAUCUGAACAACAUGUGUCUUGUCUCACAAUAUCACCUAGAGAGAGCCUUUAUAAUGAUAUGGAAUAUGAAGCUCCACUUAUGCCACAAGGAUUUGUUUAUCAAAUAAUGAUUUUUUCUUCAUGGGGCGAUCCUUACUAUGUAGGUUUGAAUGGCAUACAACUGUUCGAAGAGAGUGGAAAACUUAUUGCCCUGACUCCAGACAAUAUAGCGGCACAUCCAGAAAGUGUUAAUGUACUGGAGGGUAUAGAAAAGGAUGCCAGAACUCCUGAUAAAUUAGUGGAUGGUAUAAAUGAUACUGUUGAUGGACAACAUAUGUGGCUUGCCCCAAUACUACCUGGUCAGACAAACAGGAUAUAUAUUGUAUUUGAUGAGCCUCGUACGAUUUCCAUGAUUAAAUUAUGGAAUUAUGCAAAGACUCCGCAAAGAAAAGUCAGAGAGUUUGGAAUAUUAGUUGAUGACCUAUUGAUGUACAAUGGUAUAUUAGACAAAACCAGUCCAUAUGGAACUAUACUAUUUACCAAUAAUAAAGAUGUGCAUAUGUUAGAACGUCGCCAUUUGGCCAGGUCUCAGCAAGAAGUUCAUCUUCUCAAUUUAGAACAAAGAUCUACAGCAGGUGGAGACUUUACUCCGGAUCCUUCAUUGCGACCUCAUACUUCUCUCUUACAAACGAUUUCCCAUUCGUAAUAUGGUUUAAAAAACCAUUGUAAUUUAAAAACCUUUUGUACAAUCAAUAAUAAUACAUGAUAAUACUGGGUUUUCUUAUAUCUACGGUUUUACAAUAUGAUUAGUAUUGUGUAAGUGUUUGAAAUUUCGACAUUUUAUUGCACUCAAUCUAAUAAAUAGAAUUCGAACGAAAUGGGGCUUUAGUAAGUACAAUGCAUGUACAACUUUUCACUUCAACUGACCAUAAAUUGUCGAAAAUAACAAUCUUUCCGAACGUAUUUUACUGAGGUAUGCGAAAACAAACCCUCCGGCUACAAGAAUAAUGUUGUAUGUAGUAUUUUUUGGCGACAAUGGACAGAGACCACGAUCUUGUAUACAGCUCUGGGCACUUCCCUAUCCGCACCACGUUGUAACUCGCAGGGUAAACUGCAGUAUACGACUCCGAACUGAAGUUGGCUGCUAGUGACUUAGAUUUUUAAUAUAGCGCCAUCUAUCAAAUGUAAUGCGAAUCGCAUAGAAUAGUGGCGCCUCCUU